AUGCACACCCUCUUACUCCUUUUCACCCUCGCCAUCGUCGUCUCCCUCUUCUUUUGCUGCGUUUGGAGCCGGAGAUAUUCCCGAUUUCGCCUACUUGAAUGGCAAGCAUUUCGCUUUUGGACGAUCGAAACCUCAUUCUCUUUAGAUAAAGCCUUUCGUCAUGGCGACAUCGAGAACAUACUUGCCACGCUUGCCAAAACCGCAGGGCAUGCCGCACUGUCCGGCGCGAGUGGUGGCGACCUCCUUGGGUUCGCCAAAUCUCUAAUCAAAGAAGCUGCGUCUGGCUCUGGCGGCGCCAAAUUCUCUUCUGGCGAUAUCAAGAAGGGGAAUUGGCUUCGCGACUAUUCUCAGGCAAUGGACAUCGGCGGCUUGAGCAAGCUGACGGCAGACACACUUGUCCUUGUGGUCUCGGUUCUAGGCUUCAUGACUUUCGGCUUCGCGACGCAGGAGUUCCAGGUGACUGCUGAGCGUCUCGGGGUCUAUCUUCCUGUCGAACAUAUCGACAAUCCCAAAGGAUACGCAGAGAAAGAGGGAGAUGCCCGUCGCUUCCACCCCAAACUGCGGCCACCCGUCAACCCACAAGAACUUGAGAUCGAUGAGCGUACGGGAAUGAAGUGCUACAUGGCAACUGAAAACCGCGGUUGGGACACGUCUACGGCACACAUCCGACGCGUUUUGGUGGAAUGCAUCGAAAAGGGCCGGCGUGCCGGGGGUCGUGAUGGGCCAGAUUUGUAUGAGGCCUAUCGGCUGCUUGGGACUGGCCUGCACACUCUUGAAGACCUUCUAGCCCACAGCAACUGGGUCGAAAUCGGACUUCGCAAGAUGGGUUAUCGAGACGUGUUUUGUCAUGUUGGCGACCAAACUGAGAUUCAGACACCCAACGGUCGUGCCCCGCCCCUUGUCACGGGAACAUUUGGUGGAGCAGACUUUUUGCACUCACUAAUGGGAGAGGCGACUGACAAAUUGAGUCAAGCCAGUGUAACAGACUUGGCCUCGAAGAUGGACCAAGCGCAAUCGCAAGACCAGGCCUCCAAAAUCUCGACCUUGAAAGCUAUACUCUCCAAACUUCCGAUCGGAGGUGGGGAUUCGAAGGUGGACGAGGGCGCGCAGCUGGGAGAAGAAGCCAAAGCAUACAACUUUGACCCGAACAAUGUCGCUCCCCCAGAGGUACAGCAAAAGUUGCUGGCGUUGCUCCGUUGGCGUGAUGAUGUAAUGCGCUCGAUUCUUGAGAAGAUCGAGAUGAUUCCGGGCUUGGAGCAGUUGAUGGACCAGCUCUCUGAAGCAUUAAAUGCCUAUGUUUACACUGUAAUUGCUCCCUGGCUCACGCCCAUUCUCCAACAAGCGACCUCUGCUUUGGGAGAGGGCAGCAAAGCAGUCAUUGAUUCGGACGACCAAUACGAGGACCACUUUGGCUUGAUUUUGAACGAGCCGGCGGGAAAGAUUGCAGUUUUGGUUGUCCAGCAUACGGUCAAUGUGAUCGUUAAGGCCUGGUCAGACAACGGGGACCCGAAUCGUGCUGUCGACGUGAUUCUCGAGGCUUUCCACCACCCGUACUAUGCCACGGGUCGUUCGGACAUUCAGAAUUCGAUGUUCAAAGAGCUCGAACGUUGGAUCCGUGACUUGGACGAUGAUGUCGCCCGACAAACAAUCAACGCCUUGACGAAGGAGAGCGUCCGCAACGGGAAGAACAAACGAUUGGGCAGCGAAAAUCAGAGUUAUGACGAGCCAGGUUAUGCCGGAUGUGGGCAUGGGCAUGGCGCCUCAAGCCGCCCAGGUAAUCAAAGCUCGAGGCCCACACAACAACAACAGUAUGGAGGGACCCAAUCUUCCCACCAGAGCAGCGGCUAUGGUCAAUCGGGAGGCGGCCGUCGCCCGGACGAAGACAAUAGUCAGAGCUACGGGCAUUCUCAAAGUCGGCCCGGCAAUCGGGGCUACGAACAAGAGACCCAAUCGUCGUACAAGAGCAGCAGCUAUGGUCAGUCGGCAGGAGGCAACCAGAGCUACGGAGAGUCGCAAGGUCGCUCGCAUAAUCGACAAGACCAAUCGUAUGGAGAGACACAAUCUUCGUAUAAGAGUUCUAGUGGUGGCCAAUCGAAAGGCGGUUACCGCGAAGAUGAGGACAAUAACCAGGGCCGGUCUGGUAAUCAAGGCUACGGACAGGAGCGUUCAUACGGAGAGACCCAAUCUUCGUAUCAGAGCAGCGGUUAUGGUCGUGCAAGUAAUCAAGACGAAGGCAAUAAGAGAGAGCAGCAGUAUGGCGGGUCUCGUCGUCAAGAAGAAGAUUCGUAUGGACGCCAGAAUGAAGGCUAUGGCAGAGCGGAACACCACGGCCAAGGAGACUCUUAUCGUCGUCAAGAGGAAAACUAUGGCGGGCGGAACGAACACCGCAAGACGGAAGAGCACUCGUAUGGUCGGCAGCAACACGAGACUGGGUAUGGGCGGUCUGAGGAGCGUUCGUAUGGUGGGCGGAAUGAACAUCAGGAAAGCCAGCAACGUCAUGGGGAGACUGGGUAUGGUCGGUCUGAGGAGCGUUCAUAUGGUGGGCGAAAUGAAUAUCAGGAAAGCCGACACAGUUCUUCUGGACGGAAUGACUACGAGCAGGCACAGGGGGGUGGUCGCCAUCAAACAUCCGGCUAUGGACGAGAGGAGCGCCAGGGAUACGGAAACCAAGAGACAUUCGGGGCUGAGCGGUUGAAUAUCAGUGACGAAGGAUACGGUGAAGAGGAAAACCGCCACCAUAAGAAGAAGUCUUAUUACUGA